AAGGACAGUCAAUUUUACCUUCAACUAACCUCUUAGACGAUUGCCUUUAUGCGCCAUAUGGUCGAGAAAAUUAUGAAAAAACGAAUAUAACCAUGAUACGAAUUGGGCCUCUGCUGCCUCUGAAGUUAAAUGUAGGUAAAGUUGGUCAUGCACUUUAGCUGCUCGUCACAGCAGCUCGUGGCGGCGGUGCUCAUCUCCGUCCCGUUGACCUUUGAGUCUGACGGGCUACCUUAAUAGUUCAUGUUAAGUCGACGCAAGGAUUCGGACACCACCUCUUCCCCCCCUAGUAUCUCCUUUAUCUUGAGAUAGCUACGUAACCCCCCAUAUUUACUUCACGAUACGGGGAAGGCUUAUCUUGAAACCAGUGCGAGACAAGGGAAGCAAAGGAGACGCGUAGGAGGCGAGGGUAUAAUAGUUGAAUCAGUAGCGCCACCUAUCUCUGUGCAGGUAGGCUACGUGUAGUUGAGAGUUAUAUAUAUACGGUUCCUUUCUGGACUCGUUACCGCUCGUGUGUUUGUAUUUACAUGACCCCUUCCCUCUCAACCACCGAGGCCGAGCUAAAGAGUUGAGUGCAAGGUAUAUUUAGAUCUGUGUUGAGUGAGUAUACCUGACAGUCAGAGAGCAUACAACCCCUCUCCAGAACACCACCACCAGAAGGCUGUACAGCGAUAUUUCCUUUUCAGGGGCAAAGGACCAAGCUAAGCGUCUCGGAGGGUAGAAUCCUUGCAGAAGACUAGACUCAACCAUGGGCGGAGGUGCGUCAAAGCAAAAACCGAAUUGUGGCUGUACGACCGAAGCAGCAGGAUACCUUCCCUAUGAUGUUUAUGAGGCCGCAAGAACUGGUCUGCCGGGGCCUGUCCUUUCGUACUUGAGCACAACAAAAGGUAGUAAUGUCAAUGCCACCUACAAGGGCGAGACAAUGUUGCAUGUGGCCUGUGCCAAUGGGCGGGAGAGUGUCCUGACCUUGCUGCUCAGCCAAAAGGGUCUGUGCCUGAACAUCCGCAACGCCUACAACGAGACGGCCCUCAUGCUUGCGGCGGGGAACGGAUACCGGGACUGUGUCGAGAUCAUGCUUGUCCAUACCCAGAGUUGUCCCCUUGAAAUACACUGCAAGAACAACAACAACCUGAGCGCUAUGGACAUCGCCCACAUCAACAACCGUCAGGACGUGGCUUAUUGUAUGCAGUCGUUUCUCAAGAAUCGGCCUCCACCAACGGGCGGGAAAAAAGACACCCAACCCCGACCUGCCGCCCCCGCACCUGGCAACAAUGAUCCCAGCCCCCCGCCCGCGACCAACAACGCCCCUGCAGUUUGUACUGUGACCUCUGCUGCCGCACCUGCAGUAACCACAGCCAGAAAGUGAACAACGCUCCAAACACAUGGCUUCACUGGCUUCACUCUCUGGUCAGGCUAACUUUGAAAAACUAAAAGAGCCAUAUUGAAUGUUAGGUCGGUAUUCUUAGGCGCUACCGACUCACCAUCAUUUACUUCUAAAGGCCAAGAAAAGAGGUAAAAUGCGUUCUCAUGAGUGUUUUUAGAGUGCAUGGUACAGAAGCCUUGGCAAACCAUCACCAGGGUAAAAAAAAAUACCCUUGGAAAGGCGCACAACUCUUACGAAAGCUUUUUCAAAUAUAUGUGCCUGGGCGAUGAAAAUGUUUAAUAAUAUGAGUGUUAGAUUUCGGCGCCCAGGCAGGUACGUACACAUCUGGGUAUUUCCACGGGUACUUCUAUGACCCUGGUUUAGUGUGACCCUUCCUCUGUACCAUGAACCUAAAAGAACACUCAUCACAACCCAAUUCAUCUCUUCUUACCAGCCUUUGGAAAUUGUUGAUGUGCAAGGCGGAAGCGUCUGAGAGCCCCUUUUCUGCCUCUCUCUCUCUCUCUCUCCCCCCCAAGUUUAUACUAUUGUCGAUUUCAAAAGAGCAAACCGCACUAAUUAAUAUAUAUGUUAAUCAUAGCGAAUGGGUUAUAUGUGUGCAGUUGUUUUCUGUUACUCGAAUGUAUGAUAACAGCAGCACCAGCGAACCGCACUUACACAAUUUCUGAUAUAAUUAACGUGAAUGGGUUAAAAGUGUGUAUUUGUUUUCUAUUAAUACUGGAACGUGUGACUGCAAUAAGUAAAGUGAUAUAGGCCAGGACAGAUGCUCUCUCUCCAUUUCUUACCAUUUCUGCCCCAUUUCAACCAAGUACCAUUGCCCGAUACACAAGCUAACCGUGUGUGUGUGUGUGUGUGUGUGUGUGUGUGUGUGUGUGUGUGUGUGUGUCAGCCAGUCAAUCAGCCAUACUCCUCAUCAUUCCCUAAUGACAUGCAACCCCCACCAGUGCCUACCCUAUAGUCAACCAACCAGUCAGUCAACCAGCCAGUCAGUUAGUUAAGUCAUCCAUGCCGCCGCCCACCAGCCAGACAGCCAUUCUGCCAUUCACAUUUUCCAUCCUUUCGUCCAUCAAUGUAUCUCUCUCAGCACUGACCGUCCCUGCACCAUCCCUACCACCAGUCAGUCACUCAGUCAACCAACCAGCCACUCAUCCCUCUACUUAACAUCUACCACUCAGCCAACCAUGCAACCAAGUCAGUGUCUCUCGUAUGCAUUUAGGCACAUUACAGGGUUGAAUAAGGUGUUUUGAGUCAUUAUUUUCUUAGCCAUUCGAGGUAUUUAAUAGAAUUUAGGUUACCUGCUCUGAAGAUAGUAAGUACUUGAUAUAGUGAAUUUCAAAGCACUACACAUAGCUUAUAUAUUUACCUUCAACUUAUUAUUUACUAUUAUUUACCUUAUUAUUUACUGAAUGGCAUUUCACAGCUAGGUCUUUAACUAUUCAAAUACUGUAUCCGUGAAAAGCUGUCGAUUGGUUAGGAAAAAAAAUCAAUAAAAUGUUGCAUGUU